AUGUGCUGCGUGUGCUCGGUGAGCUCCACGCGUGCCCCGCUGUCUGUGCGUGUCGCGGGGGACUGCGGGCCGCUGCCCAACAUCAGCCACGCAGAGCCCCUGGAGAACAAGAACCUGAGCUUCAGCAUGGGCUCCAAAGUACGGUACGGCUGCCUGGCCGGUUACGUGAAGCGUCCCUUGCUGUCGGACACCAUCCAGUGCCUCACAAACUCCCAGUGGUCCAACCUCCCGGAGUUCUGUGGCCGUAGCUGUCCCAGCCCGCCGCGCGUGCUUUUCGCUCGAAUAUCACGAGAAGAUGAAACGCAGAAUUUUUACGCCGUUGGUACCACGGUGAAGUACAUUUGCCGCCCAGGCUAUGAGAACACCGGAGACCAGCUGCCCACCAGCACUUGUCUGGACAAUUUAACGUGGGCAGAAGUUCCCGAGCUCUGUCGCAGGAAAUCUUGCGGUAUUCCAGCAAAUCCAGAACAUGGCAACGUUAUUGUGAACAAUCAUCUGGUCGGUGGAACAGCAGAGGUAGUCUGUAACCAUGGGUACACGCUGAAGGGAGAGUCACCUCUCGUCUGGUGCUCCCUGAGGGGAAGCAAAGUUGCCUGGAGUCACCUUCCAGCUUGUCAGGCUAUUUCUUGUCCUCCGCCUCCGGCUGUUCCCGGCGGGAAGCACAGUGGCAACGGCACGGAGGCGUUCGCGUACAGCUCGGUGGUGAGGUACACGUGUGGCCCUGGGCUCCAGCUCGUGGGGAAUGAAACUCUGCGUUGUACGACAGAGAACGGGGUCGACGGCGUCUGGAGCGGGUCCCCUCCCGAAUGCAGGGGAAAGUCGUGUGGCCCACCGGACAUCCCGAAUGGCAACUACGACUACGCGACCGACCUCUCCUUCGGGGCGACGGUGAUCUUCACCUGCAACCGGUUUGCUGCUAUGAUGGGUACUCUGGCCUCGGCCCUGUUAGCACAGCGAAGGUGGGAAAUGCCGUCGCCCAUCGCGGUUAUUCCCUGUUUGCCACCUCCUGUGAUCGAGAACGGGGAGCUCAGCAACGGGGACAGUGACUUCACCUUUGGCAUGGCUGCAACCUACCGCUGUAACAAAGAUUUUUCUCUUAUUGGAGAUGCCACCAUUCACUGUACGGCGAAUGAUAACUUCGAGGGAAUAUGGAGCGGUCCAGCCCCUGAAUGCAAAGAGGUCAGAUGUGAAAAUCCAGAAGUGAAAAAUGCAAAAAGAUUAUCUGGCUUCGGCGCUGGGCACACAUAUAAAAAUACAGUGACCUUUGAGUGCGAUCCUGGCCAUUCCAUGAACGGCAGCAGUGUAGUUACUUGUGAAGCAGAUGGUACUUGGAAGCCACCUCUACCAACGUGUGACCCAAUCUACUGUGGUCCUGCCCCACACUUCCCUUUCGCUGAGAGUGAGAGGGCUGUGGGUGACCGCUCUCUGGCUGGAACUGCGCUGAGGUAUCGGUGUAACCCGGGUUAUACAGCAGCACGUGGGAAGUCCUCUGUUGUCACUUGUCUGAGUGAUACGACUUGGUCUGCAGACCCAGAGUUCUGUAUACGACAGCAAUGUACUCGUCCCACAAUUGCGAACGGGGAUGUGAUUGCAGACAAUUUCCUGUUUGAGACGGUUGUGACGUUCACCUGUCACCCUGGUUUCCCAGUGCAAGUGUCCAGUGAAACUGUAGAUUGUGUCCUCAGUGAGAUGAGCAUGUGGCAAUGA